AUGGGUUCUGGUGAGAUGGGACAGUCAAUCCGCGGUCUCCCGCAGUGUCCCUCCAGCCUCACUUGCCUUCAUCUCCUCUACCCAGCCCUCCAGGCGCCUGACAUGAGUCUUUGCGGGCCCCUUAACUGGAGCCUGGCUGGCGAGGCUACCACGUGCUCGGCGCCCGGGAUCCCCAACGUGUCGGCGGUGCCGCCCUUGGGUGGUACGGGCGGAUCACCAGCGCUGCCCAUCUUCUCCAUGACGCUGGGUGCAGUGUCCAACGUGCUGGCACUGGCGCUGCUGGCUCAGGCCGCAGGCCGCCUGCGGCGCCGCCGCUCGGCCGCCACCUUCCUGUUGUUCGUCGCUAGUCUGCUGGCCAUCGACCUGGCGGGCCACGUGAUCCCGGGCGCACUAGUGCUGCGCCUGUAUGCUGCGGGGCGCGCACCGGCCGGUGGGGCCUGCCACUUCCUGGGUGGUUGCAUGGUCUUCUUCGGCCUGUGCCCGCUCCUGCUGGGCUGCGGCAUGGCAGUGGAGCGCUGUGUGGGUGUCACCUGGCCUCUGCUCCAUGCCGCGCGCGUCUCAGUGGCCCGCGCGCGCUUUGCGCUCGCCGCAUUGGCCGCUGUGGCCUUGGCGGUGGCGCUGCUCCCGCUAGCACGCGUGGGUCGCUAUGAGCUGCAGUACCCUGGCACCUGGUGUUUUAUUGGCCUCGGGCCACCCGGCGGCUGGCGCCAGGCACUGCUUGCCGGCCUCUUCGCAGGCCUCGGCCUGGCUGCGCUACUCGCUGCGCUAGUGUGCAACACGCUCAGCGGCCUGGCCCUGCUGCGCGCCCGCUGGCGCCGCCACUCCGGACGUUUUCCCCAGGCCUCCCGCCCAGAUAGCCGCCGACGCUGGGGGUCACGAGGCCUCCGCUCGGCCUCCUCCUCGUCUGCCUCAUCCAUCGCUUCAGCCUCCCCAGCCCUCCGCAGUUCCCGGGGCGGAGGCUCAGCACGCAGAACCCGCGCCCACGACGUGGAGAUGGUGGGCCAGCUCGUGGGCAUCAUGAUGGUGUCGUGCAUCUGCUGGAGCCCGCUGCUGGUGUUGGUGGUGCUGGCCAUCGGGGGCUGGAACUCCAGCUCGCUGCAGCGGCCGCUAUUUCUGGCCGUGCGCCUUGCUUCCUGGAACCAGAUCCUGGACCCCUGGGUGUACAUCCUGCUGCGCCAGGCCGUGCUGCGCCAAGUGCUUCGCCUUCUGCCUUUAAGGGCUGGCGCCAAGGGCGGCCCCGCGGAGUUGGGCCUAACCCGGAGCGCCUGGGAGGCCAGCUCUCUGCGCAGUUCCCGACAGAGUGGUCUCAGCCACUUCUGAGUGCGCCCGAAGGCUAAGCCACCCAAAGUGCUCAGCGCAGCGCCUUUGAGGAACCAGUUUUGUCCCGUCGGGGCUGCAGCACACACUGGGGCCGCGUGGGGGCGGCAGAAGAUCCGUGUGCGCCUCUAGACCGGUGCAGCUCCGAGGCUUGCCACGCGAGGGCGCAGACACCCGACGCUCAGUUGUCCAGGUGGGAAUCCAGAGCCAAAGCCACAGGAGCAUGCGCACAACGCCAGGGCCCCAGCUCCGCAGUGACUAGAGCAAGAGUGUUUGGGAGACACUUUCUAUCACUGCAGCAGCCAAGACAGAUUCUGUUCAUUAGAUCCUGAGCUCCUCCCAAACAGCCCCAAGACCUAUGCCCAAGCCAUGCACUAUCAUGGCCUCGAACUCCCAAAGCCUCCAACAGGACCUGACCCCCAUCCCAUCGCGGCUCACCACUCCUCCCACCACAACAGCCCUGAGUCCCACCCUCCCCCGACUCUCUUCAAAUGAACCCCCACCGAUCUGCCCCAUCACCUGGCCCUACCUCCAAGCAUGUCCAUCCCCCAACCCCCUCUCGGCGCACAAGAAGGGCCAGGAUGCAGGGCUGGGGCAGACCCCGAGGCCUUUUUAAAAACUAAGAGCUCGGGGCAGGGGCGGGGGAUGGGCUAGCAGCCGCCGGCCACGAAGUCGAAGUCCUGGAAGGCUGCCUGCUCAGUGGCAGUGAGGGGCCGCGCGUCGCGGGGUGGGCUCAGCGUGGGGGCCUCCCCGGUGAACUCCUCGUCGAAGUUGCUGACAUCGGUGCGCCCUGAGAGCGUGGGCACGAAGGGUGGGGGCAGGCGCCGGGCCAGCAGGGCUUCCCAGCCCAGUGUCUGGGAAGGCAGGAGAGGGAGGUCAGGAUGGGAGGCUCGGGGCAGGCGUGGCUGAGAGAGGCCGGCCCUGGGUUUGUGGGGUCAGCACAAGGUGGAAGAAGAGGGGUGAGGCUGGGGCAGGGGGAACUGGCUCACCCGGGACACGGCCCACCAGGCCAGAAGGAGUGACUGGGCCUCCACGGGGCCGUGUGGGAGGGGAGGGGAGGACACAGCCCGUGGCUCACGGGCCCCUGGGGUGGGAAUGGCUACUGGCUCCUGGGGUCUCACCCUGAAGAACGGCUGCUUCUUCACGUCCUCUGCAUCUCGCUCACUGGACCCCAACCUCCGCUCUGGAUUCCUCCGCAGCAGCUGCGGGUGCAAAGCUGCGUCAGGUCCGUCUCCCGCCGAGGCCCUGACCCAGAGCCCCUGACCCAGAGCCCCUGUCUGGGCCGACCCUGCCCAGGCAUCCUCACCCUCCGCAUGAUGCCGAUGGCCUCCGCAGACAGGAAGCGCGGGUAGCGGACCUCAUCAUUGACGAUGCUGUCAAACACCUCCUCCUCAUCAUCCCCUGGGAAUGGCGACUGGGGACAGGGGUGGGGUGAACGAGGCCCCUCUCCGGGAUACCACACCCAGUUCCACCCGAACCCUUGCUUUGGCGGUGCGUCCCCACAGGGGCUGGCUUGAAGAGGGGCGAGUAUCCCAUUUCACAGAUUGGGCACUGAGGUCCAGGGGCAAAGCCACCUGCCCUCCUCACCCAGCUGUGGCGGAGGCAGAGUUGCGUCCCAGCCCUGGGCAUAGGCACACUCCAGGCCCGGUGGGGGCGCCCUGGGGCCUCACCUCACCGACCAGCAUCUCGUAGAGCAGCACGCCCAGCCCCCACCAGUCCACGGCCCGGGUGUAGGACGUGUCUGUCAGCACCUCAGGUGCCAGGAACUCCGGGGUCCCGCAGAAGGUGCUGGUCCGGUCCCCAUAGCCCAUGCCUGGAGCAGCAGGGCCAGGCGAGCUUAGCGGGUGGCCCAGCACCGCCACCGUGGUCCACACAGCCGGCCGCCCCCUCCCUGUCCGACCCCAGGCUCCGCUGCUCACCCUCUUUGCAGAGGCCAAAGUCUGCGAUCUUGACAUAGCCCUCAGUGUCCAGGAGCAAAUUGUCCAACUUGAGGUCCCUGUGGGGUCAGAGGUACAGAGAGGGACUGGCUGGUUUGGGGGGGCUCUGGCUGUGCCAGGGCCGAGGCGCCCCCGCAGCACACACCUGUAGACGAUCUUGUGUUCGUGGAGGAACUGCAGCCCCAGAACCACGCAGGCCGAGUAGAAGCUGUGGAGAGAGUGGGCGGGUCCUGGGAGCCUGGAACCCGCACCCUUGGGCCCCCAGCCCCCAAGAGCUCCCGGAGGCCGGGGAGGCAGGGCCCAGGGGUGGAGGGUGGCGCCCGGGCUGAGAGCCUGGGCAGUGGCUCACACGGCUCGGGGCUCGGAGAACACGUCGCUGUGGAUGUGCAGCAUGAGGUCGCCGCCCGCGGAGUACUCCAUCACGAAGCACACGUGCUCCGGCGUCUGGAAGCAGCCGAAGAGGUUCACCAGGAACGGGUGUCCCGCGCUGGUCACGGCUGCCAAGAUCCGCUUCUCACACAUCAGGCUGGGAAGGGACAGGGGUGGGGGGCACAGGUCAUGGACACCCCCAACCCCCAACUCCCACUCUCCCCGGAGUCCUCAGUCCACCGCAGAUACAGAUGUGCACUUCGGAUAAGUUGCUUACAAUCUCUGAACCUCAACAACCUGAUCUGCUAAAGAGGCACCCAGAACCCAUCUGUCUUCCCAGUAACUGCCCCCAUGACCUUCCUUUGGGGAACCGCAGGGCUGGGCACAAGGCCCAGGCCACUGGGGUACUCCAACUCUUUGGCCAGGGAUUGGUUCAGGGUUGGGCAAGCCUAAUCAAGGGACUUGGAUUGAGGUCCCUAUGGGGUCAGAGGGUACAGAGAGGGAUAGACUAGUUUGGGAGGGGGCUCUGGCUGUGCCCAGUGGCUGAGGCGCCCCCACAGGGACUCUGCUUCCACCACUGGAUUGCCAGGGUUUCCACUGGAAUUAUUAAGGAAUGAAGGCUAAAGCUGGGUGAAUCUCAAGCUGUUGGAGUACAGAGGUAUCUUUGCCCUCUGGAGGGGACUGCAAGCCAAGCCCGCACACAGGAACACAGAACUCAGAAACCUCAUCUGAGCACCUGGAUACAGCCAUGCCUGAAGGCACUCACCCCAGGACUUUUCUGGUCCAGCUCAAUAAAUUCUUUUGUUUGUUUAAACCUUU